AUGAAGCGCAGUAAACACCGCGGGAACAAGGAGGACAGAAGUGGAGAUGAGCCUGCCAUCCUGGAGACAGAAAACCUGGACCGCCAGGGCAUGUUCAUGGGGGGAGGCCCUGAUCCAGACACCAUCUCCCUGGCCUCAGUCACAGCUGUCACCACCAAUGUUUCAAAUAAGAGAUCAAAGCCAGACAUAAAGAUGGAGCCCAGUUCUGGGAGACCAGUAGACUACCAAAUCAGUGUGACUGUGAUUGAAGCCAGGCAGUUGGUUGGACUCAACAUGGAUCCAAUGGUCUGUGUGGAGAUCGGAGACGAUAAAAAGUACACCUCAAUGAAAGAAUCAACCAACUGCCCGUACUACAACGAGUAUUUUGUUUUUGACUUCCAUGUUCCUCCAGAUGUUAUGUUUGAUAAAAUCAUAAAACUAUCUGUAAUCCACUCCAAAAAUCUUCUGCGUAGUGGGACACUGGUUGGAACUUUUAAACUGGACGUUGGCACGAUCUACUUCCAACCUGAACAUCAGUUUUACCAUAAAUGGGCAUUAUUGUCUGAUCCUGAUGACAUCACAGCAGGAUGUAAGGGCUAUGUGAAAUGUGACAUCGCAGUUGUGGCCAAAGGAGACACUAUAAAAACUCCACACAAGGCCAAUGAAUCUGACGAAGACGACAUAGAAGGCAAUCUGUUAAUACCAGAGGGUGUCCCUGCAGAACGACAGUGGGCUCGCUAUUAUUUGAAGAUCUACAGAGCUGAAGGACUGCCCAGAAUGAACCAGAGCAUUAUGGCCAAUGUCAAAAAAGCCUUCAUAGGAGAAAAUAAGGACCUGGUGGAUCCUUAUGUCCAAGUCCAGUUUGCUGGGCAAAAGGGGAAAACAUCUGUCCAAAAGAGCUGCUAUGAACCCAUUUGGAACGAACAAAUUGUCUUCACUGAGAUGUUCCCACCGCUGUGCAAACGCAUGAAGAUUCAGAUCCGUGACUCAGAUAAAGUGAACGAUGUUGCUAUAGGAACACACUUUCUGGACCUGAAGAAGAUUUCCAAUGAUGGUGAUAAAGGCUUCCUGCCAACUCUGGGCCCAGCCUGGGUGAACAUGUACGGCUCCACUCGUACCUACACCCUGAUGGAUGAGUACCAGGAGUUAAACGAAGGCCUCGGAGAGGGGGUGUCCUUCAGGGCCCGUAUGCUGAUCAGCCUGGGCGUUGAGAUCCUGGACCCCUCCUCACCUGACAUUACCAGCUCUACAGAGGUCCAGGUGGAGGGAAUACCCAACAUCUCUGAGACUGCCACUGGGAAGAUUGAAGAAUUUUUCCUGUUUGGCUCUUUCCUCGAGGCUACAAUGAUUGACAGAAAGAUUGGUGAUAAGCCCAUCAAUUUUGAGGUCACCAUAGGUUACUAUGGAAAUGAGAUUGACGGCGUUAUCAAACCGAAAACAAAGGGGAAGAAAGGUGAUGGUGACGAAGAGGAAACUGAACUGAUCCAUAACUCAAGUGAAGAGGAGAUGGAUGAUGACGGGGACCUUGCAUCAGUGGCCACUACUCCUCCUAUGAAACCAGUCAUUACUGACAGGAACUACUUCCACCUACCAUAUUUUGAGAGGAAACCAUGUAUCUACAUCAAGAGUUGGUGGCAGGAUCAGAGGAGGAGGCUGUACAAUGCUAACAUUAUAGAUAAUGUUGCAGACAAACUGGAAGAGGGACUGAAUGAUGUUCAGGAGAUCAUUAAGACAGAAAAGGCCUAUCCUGAGCGCAGGCUUCGAGGUGUCCUGGAGGAACUCAGCCAUGGAUGCAAUCAGUUCCUUUCACUGGCAAACAAGGACCAGAAUCAGUCCGGAAGAACCAAACUGGACCGAGAGAGACUGAAGCUCUGUAUUUCAGAAGUGGAGGCCAUUGGGCAGCAAGCAAAGGCGAUGAGGUCACAGGUGAAAAAAAGCACAGUGAGAGACAAACUCAAACUGUCUCAGAACUUCCUCCAAAAGCUGCGCUUUCUGGCUGAUGAACCUCAGCACAGUGUUCCUGAUGUUUUCAUUUGGAUGAUAAGUAAUGGAAAGCGUAUUGCUUAUGCCCGCGUCCCUUCCAAAGACAUCCUUUACUCCAGUAUAGAUGAGGAGAGGGGCAAAGAGUGUGGCAAAGUCAAAACAAUCUUCCUCAGGAUUCCUGGUAAGAAAGGUUUUGGACCUGCUGGUUGGACAGUGCAGUCCAAGAUAGAGAUUUACCUGUGGCUGGGCUUGAACAGGCAGCGUAAAGACUACCUGAGUGGCCUCCCCAAUGGAUUUGAAGAAAACAAGCUGUCCAGAGGACCAGGCCUGCCAUCCUCCCCUCCAAUUAGCCUCACCUACAUGAUGAAACAGCUGUUCCAGCUCAGGGUGCACAUGUACCAGGCUCGCAGCCUUUUCGCUGCUGACAGCACAGGUCUAUCCGAUCCUUUUGCAAGAGUCUUCUUCUCAACCCAAAGCCAGGUCACUGAGGUUCUGGCUGAGACUCUUUGCCCAACAUGGGACCAGCUACUGGUUUUUGAAAAUGUGGAGUUGUUUGGGGAAGCUACUGAACUGAGAGAUGACCCCCCUAUUAUUGUCAUUGAAAUCUAUGAUCAAGACACAGUGGGCAAAGCAGACUUCAUGGGCAGAACCUUUGCCAAGCCUGUUGUCAAGAUGGCUGACGAGCACUACGGACCGCCACGCUUCCCUCCACAGCUAGAGUACUACCAGAUCUACCGUGGAAACUGCACCGCUGGUGAAAUGCUGGCAGCCUUUGAACUGCUGCAGAUUGGCCCUAAUGGGAAAGCAGACCUGCCUCCUAUAGAUGGUCCUACUGACAUGGACCGUGGUCCGAUCUUGCCUGUACCACUGGGGAUCAGGCCAGUGCUCAGCAAGUACAGGAUUGAGGUUUUGUUUUGGGGCUUGAGGGACCUGAAAAGGGUGAACCUGGCCCAGGUGGACCGUCCUCGUGUGGACAUCGAAUGCGCCGGUAAAGGGGUUCAGUCUGCUCUUAUCCCCAACUACAGGAAAAACCCCAACUUCAGCACACUUGUCAAGUGGUUUGAAGUGGACUUACCUGAGAAUGAGCUGCUUCACCCCCCACUGAACAUCCGAGUGGUGGACUGCAGGGCUUUUGGCCGUUACACUCUGGUUGGCUCCCACGCAGUUACCACCCUGAGAAAGUUCAUUUACAGACCAUCAGACAAGCAGGCAAACAAUUUCUCCACUACAGAGGAAAUUAUUGUUGUCAACAUAGAACCUGAGCCUUCCUGUAAGAAGAUGGACACUGUGGUCAAACUAGACUCUUGCUCUGAUGCCGUGGUCAAAGUUGAGGAUGAUGAUAAGGGGAAAAAGAAGAAGAGAAAGAAGGGUGAUGAGAUUGAGGAGGAGGAGCUCGAUGAGAGCAUGUUGGAUUGGUGGUCAAAAUAUUUUGCUUCCAUUGAGACUUUAACAGAGGCUCUCAAGGCUCAAGAGGCAGCAUUGUCAGACACAGAGGACAGAGAUGACAUGGACCUUGUAGAUGGAGGAGAUAUCAAACCUGAUGACUCUCCUGUAAAAGGCAGCAAGAAAGGAAAAGGGAAGAAGAAGAAGCCAGCAGCAGAUCCAGGAGAGAAGAAAAAGCCAAAGUUGGAUGAGCUGAAGGUGUAUGCGAAGGAGCUAGAAAAUGAGUUUGACAGCUUUGAGGACUGGCUGCACAGUUUUAAUCUGUUCAGAGGAAAAGGUGGUGAUGACGAUGACCAAAAUGGUGCAGAUGAAGACAGGAUUGUUGGAAAAUUCAAAGGUUCGCUGUGCAUGUACAAAGUAUCGGAUGACAUGUCCAGAGACAUGAACUUUGACUCCAACAUGGGAAUGUUUCAGAACAUUCCUCACAACGAUCCAAUCAAUGUCCUCGUCCGCAUCUAUGUCAUCAGAGCGACUGAUCUGCAUCCAGCAGACAUUAAUGGCAAAGCUGACCCAUACAUUGCAAUCAAACUGGGAAAGACCGAGAUUAAAGAUAAAGAGAACUACAUCUCAAAACAACUGAACCCUUUGUUUGGCAAAUCCUUUGAUGUGGAAGCCACAUUCCCAAUGGAUUCCACACUAACAGUGUCUAUCUAUGACUGGGAUUUGGUUGGAACUGAUGAUCUGAUUGGAGAAACAAAAAUUGACCUUGAGAACCGUUUCUACAGCAAACACAGAGCAACAUGCGGCAUUGCGUGUAACUAUGCCAUCCAUGGUUACAAUGUUUGGCGUGAUCCGAUGAAACCCACGCAGAUUCUGGCAAAGUUGUGCAAGGAUGGUAAACUGGAUGGACCUCACUAUGGCCCUGGAGGGAGGGUGAAGGUAGAGAACCGUGUGUUCAUGGCACCAACGGAGAUUGAGGAUGAGAAUGGUUUGAAGAAGCAGACAGAUGAACAUCUGGCUCUGACUGUGUUGAACCACUGGGAGGAGAUUCCACGGGUCGGCUGUAAACUUGUGUCAGAACAUGUGGAAACCAGACCACUGCUCCACCCUGAUAAAGCAGGGAUUGAACAAGGGAGAAUUGAGAUGUGGGUUGAUAUGUUCCCUAAGGAUAUGACUGCACCUGGCCCUGCCCUUGACAUUUCACCAAGGAAACCAAAGAAGUUUGAACUGAGAGUGAUCAUAUGGAACACAGACGAGGUUGUUUUAGAAGAUGACGAUAUCUUUACUGGCGAGAAAUCAAGUGAUAUUUUUGUGAGAGGUUGGCUGAAAGGGCAGCAGGAGGACAAACAGGACACAGACGUCCACUACCACUCCAUUACAGGGGAGGGCAACUUCAACUGGCGCUUCGUCUACCCCUUUGACUACCUCAUGGCGGAAGAGAAGAUUGUCAUCUCAAAAAAAGAGUCCAUGUUUGCCUGGGAUGAAACACAGUACAAGAUCCCUGCUCGUCUCAAUCUGCAAGUGUGGGAUGCUGACCACUUUUCUGCGGAUGACUUCUUAGGUGCAAUCGAGCUGGACCUGAACCGUUUCCCACGUGGUGCUAAGACUGCCAAGCAGUGCACCAUUGAGAUGGUGACAAAUGAAGCAGAAAUGCCCAUGGUCUCUAUCUUCAAACAGAAGAGGAUCAAAGGCUGGUGGCCGUUUGUGGCCAGAAAUGAAGAAGAUGAGUUUGAGCUCACGGGGAAAGUGGAAGCAGAGCUGCACCUUCUGACAGGAGAGGAAGCUGAGAAAAGUCCAGUUGGUGAAGGACGCAACGAACCAGAGCCUCUGGAGAAACCCAAUCGUCCAGACACCAGCCUCCUCUGGUUCCUCACUCCCUUCAAAGCCAUAAAACACCUGGUCUGUGACCAGUACAGAUGGCUGACCAUCAAGAUCGUCACUGCUCUCCUGCUCCUGGCCAUGUUGGCUCUUUUCCUCUACAGCAUGCCUGGUUACAUGGUCAAGAAAAUGAUGGGGGCCUGA